ACUGGCUGUCAACUACUCAACCUUUAACACCACACGUUGAUAACUUUUAAAUGACCUUUUUAAAAUAACUAUUUAUUUUUCUUUUUAUAAACCCUCCCAGCGUUGUUAAAGAAAGAUCCACGAAAAUGCUUCCUGUGUGCGUCAGACAAGUUUAUUAAGCUGGGUUUAUAGACUUAUUAACCAAAUAGGAAGUACAAAAAAUAAUAGAAAAUAAGCUAAAGUGGAUGCAGCAUGGCUAAGAGAGUUUCUAAGUAUUUAAAUAAAGCCCUAGGAUUAAUUUCCAAGAAUGCAUAUACUACAGAAGCCUCUUUUGAUACUGCGAAUUAUAAAUUGCACAAACUGGAAGAGGGCCCUUCGACUCAUGUAACCAUUAACAAACAAGAAGCUUUAACCAUAUACACUCAGAUGCACACUAUUCGUCGUUUAGAAACAUCAGCUGGUAAUUUAUAUAAAGACAAAAUUAUUAGAGGAUUUUGUCACCUUUAUUCUGGUCAGGAAGCUGUUGCUGUCGGUAUUAAGCACGCUUUACGUCCUCAUGAUGGUGUUAUUACUUCAUACAGAGCUCACGGAUGGACCUACAUAAUGGGCGUACCUUUAGUAAAUGUUUUAUCAGAACUAACAGGUAGACAAGGUGGAUGUGCUAGAGGCAAAGGAGGAUCUAUGCACAUGUACUGUGAAAACUUUUAUGGUGGAAAUGGUAUUGUGGGAGCUCAGGCGCCAUUGGGAGCUGGAAUUGCUCUGGCAGCCAAGUACAAAGGAACUGAUGGAGUGUGCUUCACAUUAUAUGGAGAUGGUGCCGCCAAUCAAGGUCAACUUUUUGAAGCAUUUAACAUCACAAAACUGCUAGACACUCCUUGUAUUUUUGUAUGUGAAAAUAAUGGCUAUGGUAUGGGUACAAGUACUGAGAGAGCUGCAGCAAGUACAGAUUUUUAUUCUAGAGGUGAUUAUGUUCCUGGUAUUUGGGUAGAUGGUAUGGAUGUUUUGGCUGUCAGACAAGCCGCUAAAUAUGCUGUGAACUACUGUGCUAGUGGAAAAGGGCCUAUUGUUCUUGAAGUUGUCACAUACAGAUAUUCUGGCCACUCUAUGUCUGACCCUGGUACAAGUUACAGAACGCGCGAAGAGGUUCAAGAAGUUCGUCACAGUAGGGAUCCUAUUACUUCCUUCAAAGAAAAAAUCCUAUCCAGGAAUUUAGUUACCCCUGAAGAAAUUAAAGAAAUUGAGAGUAAAAUUAGAGCCGAAGUCGAUGACGCUACAAAGAAGGCCAAAGCCGACAAAGAAAUAGGAAUGGAUGAAAUCGCAGGCGAUAUUUAUUGUAACAACUUGGAACAUCCUAUUAGAGGCGUAUCUAUAUUCCAAAACUUCACACACAAAAGGAUCGGACCUGCAGUCAAUCAUAACUAAAACAAAA